AUGCAACUAGCGUUUCUGGACUUUGAAGCUGCUUUCGACUCUCCUCACCGAGGCCGUCUUCUCAACGCGCUUCGCGCCGAUGGAGUACCAGGAAAGUUCGUUCGCUUGCUUGAUGACAUAAAUCAACGAACAACUGCUGCAUUUCGAACACCAGCCGGAUGUACAACACCGUUGGAAGUGGUAACUGCAGUAAGACAAGGGGCAGUGGCAGGACCCUUCCUGUUCAAUUUCGCCAUCGACGACAUUAUGCGAAGGACAGUUGACCAGUGUCUCGCCGACAUUGUCUUAGCACCAUCAGGGUGCCCCUUGACUGACUUCGAGUACGCCGACGAUGUUGUUAUAUUCGCGGAAAGCAGUACGAAACUUCAGCAUGUUGUCAAUCUUGUAUCGAAGCUGGCUGCAGCCUACGAAUUACGCCUACGCCCUGAUAAAUGCAAGCAGAUGUGGAUCUCUUCGAGACCUCGAACGGGAAUCAGGGUGGACGGACAAUCGAUAGAGCUCGUCGAUGAGUUCUGUUAUCUGGGCUGUACGCUGAAGAACAACGGCAGCUACGAGAGAGAUGUUCAGCAAAGAUGCGCUAAGGCCACUUCUGCAUUUAACUCCUUAACGAAAUGUCUGUGGUCGACUCCCAUCACCAACGAAGUCAAGCUGCGAGUCUACCUAUCCGCAAUUCGCCCCAUCAUGAUGUACAGAUCGGAGACGUGGGCAGCACCAUCAACGGUUAUGGAGAGGCUUGACUGCACGGAACGAAAGCUGCUUAGACGGCUACUUGGCUACUUUUGGCUUAGGGUAUGCCACAAUGAAGAUCUUUACGCAGAAAUUGAUGUGGUUUACCGGCGGAUGACACGUGGAAGAUAUCAACAUCUUGCACCGCCUUCAAAAGCGGCUAAAGUAAAUCGUCUUCGCUUCUUUGGUCAUAUAUUAAGGAGACCGGCAGAUCGCCUUCUCCAACGAGUUCUGAAGAGUUCGUCGGGUUCGAGCUGGAAGAAGCCGCCUGUCCGAAAACGGAAGUUCUGGACUGAGGUGGUAAAAGAGGACCUGAAGACACUCGGCGUGGAUAGGCAGUUCAGGCGAGACGUAAGGUUUCGCAGAACAUGGAAUAGCGACGAAUGGAUUGAUUCUGUGCAAGCUCUCGCAGAAGAUCGAGAAGGUUGGGCAGAGCCGCCACACCUCGGCGAAGAUGCGGGUAAUCGCGUCAGGCGGUGA